GAAACAAAUUUUACUAUUAUUUUAUAUUUUUAUUUUAUUCACAUACAUUCAUUUAAUGAGCAUUAGACAAAAAGCACAAUAUUAGCUUAUAAACGUCUUCUGCGUACUAUUAUCAUGUGUAGGCUAGACAAUGGAAUACUUAACAUCAACUUAUAAUACUCAUUAGUAGAUCACCAUUAAAUGUCUCGAGAAUCACUUAUACCUAAAAUAAUGAAUCACAGGACUAUUGUGUAGGCUUGAACGCUCCAAUGCAAAUAGGGACACCAACAUGGCUAUCAGCUCCUGCUUGCUUUAUGGAUAUGGAGUAAGUAAAAUGAUUCAUACCUAUCAACUACAUUGCAGUUAUAGACGCAAAUGGCGGUCACGUUAUAGGAAGAUACCCACAUUAAUGUAUUUUGCCUACAAUACUCAGAGAAUUAUUACAACUCGCUUUUGCUGUCCCGAUCACCAAGACACGCCUGAUGCCAACUCCGACUGUUCAGUCGGCUCAAGGCCCAUCAAGAGUAUUUGGGAACUUGGUGGCAGUUAAAGUCAGUGAUGCCGAUAAUAACCACACGAGGGACGCCUAUCCGACUGCUCAGCCAACCCGAGAUUGGGUGUUUGGAAACCUGGCGCCGGAUUCGCCAUGGCAGUUCAACGAUGAAGCUCUGAGAGAAGUUAGGUCAGUCAAACUUUACAUCUUUUCCUUUAGCUUUACUUAAUUAUAUAUUGUUGUAAGGAUCUUUUAUCCUGUGAUAAUCCAUAAUUGCAAUACUAAUGUCUUGUGUACGGAUUAACAAAAACAUUUCUCGCCACUUCGAGCUCGUCUUGACUUAUGUUACAGUCACAUUUUUAAACCGAUGCCCAACCAGGCAGUUUACGGGCUUAUAUUUUGCAUUUUAGAAUAUGGAUCCCGGCGAAAAAGACGCCGAAUCUAAGCCGUACCGUGGGCCCGAUCUAGCCCCAAAAUAGUCCGGCAGCCACUGGGAUCGGAGCCCCACCGAAGGUAAAAAGGGACAACACGAUAUGUUCAUAUAAACUACCCGGCGGGCAUUGGUUCAGAGAUGUAACUGUAGCAUGAUCUGUCAGGCCAAAACCAUCUACACCGGUACCCCCCAACCUUGCAAAGAUGACUCACUGAGGCAUCACUACAAUUUUGUCUUACAGAAAUAUCACGGCGAGGAGGCUGAACCUUGGGGCUCGCUUGCAGGAGCAUAGGUGGGGAAACGCCACAAAAGAUACUGCGCUUCCCAUCGGUCACUACAACGCAUGCGCUAUCGUGGGCAAUAGCGGGGUUCUCCUCGGCAGCCGCUGUGGUCCGGAGAUCGACUCCAAGGAUUACGUCAUCAGAAUAGACCUGCCUGUUCUCAGAGGGUUCGAAAAAGACGUUGGCGGACGGACCAACAUGACAGUGGUCAACUUGAAAGCGCCCGGUCGACUGGCCCAGUCCUCACGUUUCAAAAAUAGGUCACAGGACGUGUACGAGAGUCGACUACAAGACGUGAAAGAUUCGGUUCUUCUUGCAGAUCACAGAUCAAAAGACAAGAUCAUGGAGGCUCUAGGCGUGUAUAAACUACCACUUACAGUGUUGACUACAAAGAAUAGACUGCGGAAUGGUGUUAUGUCGAUUGCAUCCAGCGUUGCCAACAGGUCGAUGGGGCGGAGUCCCACUAUUGGACUCGUGACUGUCCUGAUGGCGACGGCGUUCUGUGACCACUCUUACGUAUACGGAUUCUUUCCCUUCAUGAAGGACAUCAACAACGUCCCCGUUCCCUACCACUACUAUCCACAUGACAAGGUCUAUCCCCCAUUGUACAAUAACUUUGACAAAAAACACAACGUGAACCGGGAAUACGAGUUUCACAGGGAUCUGCAUAGACGAGGGGUUCUGAAGAUGCAUCUCGGUCCAUGUGAUAAACGUUGAGCUGUUUGUUCACCUGGCAAAUGCCUGAUCAUCGUCGCUGAUUCCAGUCAGGCACGCCGCUUGACUGUGUCGAGGAACUUCUUUCUCCAUGAGAUUUCACGUCGUAACAGUCACCGGUAAUGAUUCGCAGCGGCCCAAAGGUUUCUUUAAAAUAUAGUAGAAGUAGCAGAGAGGCAGACAUGAAGAACGUAGCUCGUUGUAUCUUAGCUUAGGAAGAGAAUAAAAGGUCAGGAAGUUUUACUGUAGUUGUCACUGGUGUAUUCCUGAUUGGCGAGACUGAAGGCCAUUCCUCACACCCGUUCAGCCAAUCACCUUGCCAGCCUAUCACAUGUAGCAACAUGAUUGGCUGUUAAAUUUCCCCUCCAACUAUAGAGGAAAUAUCUAAUUGGCUGACAGUCGACUACUACUUUCACAUCAAGGACAAAAACAUGGGCCAGUAUACCAGGAUCCAUACUUGUAUAUAGUUAUCAGCAUGAGAGAAUAUUGGAAACCGAAGUCCUAUCAUUACUUUUCACCCAACUUAUCAAAAUUCACUAAUUUGAACUUGGUAAUGGAAGUAAAGUAGAUAAUAAAAUGAGUUUUAUGAGCACUGAUUGUUAGCAACUUGUUGCAAAGAAGAUGUAACAUUACAAAUAAGACAUUUCAUGUAACAUUAUAAAUAAAAUGUAUACAAGACAAGUGCCGCAACUCCUUGAAUUUUUGGGGGAAAAUAGCCAUUGUCAGUAGUCUGCCAAAGCAAGGAAAAUUCUAGCCUGGUAUCCAGCCGUAAUAUAGCUCCCAAGUCUCUUCUCUCCUAAUUGCAAAGAGGAGAGAAGAGACUCGGGAGCUAUAUUACGGCUGGAUACCAGGCUAGGAAAAUUCUGUGUGGGCUUUACAGAGAUGGCAGACUUUACCUCCUUCACAAAUGGACACAUGCACACAUACAUGUAUGCAUACAUACAUACAUA